UUCACUUUCGAAGUUCGUGUUAACGAGGAGUGGGACGACCAAUUAAAGGACAAGAACAGUGAGAAAUAUAGGAAAAUAUCCACAGUGCUCAAAGAACAGGUACAGUUAACCAGGGAGGUACAGUAGAUUUACUUUUUUCAAAUGGGCAAGACUUUUCCCUUGGGAAUCCUCUCUUAUCCCUUUUCAUUGCAUGCUUCCCAGGCAACAAUAAACGCUUUUGGCCACAAUUAAGUUCAAUAGUAUGUCGUUAAGUGAAAAAGACUCUUAACUCAUCACAGGUAAAUUUCAUGAGUGUAGUUUAGAAAAAUUACAAUAACCUAGAAGACUGCCGAUGGAUGAUGCAUUCAAUUUAAAAUUCCAUUUUAUAGGUAUUUAUGUCCUAGCAAAAAAGACUUUUUAUUAGCUGACAGGGAGUAUGUUAUAACGCUUUUGAUCCUCCAUAUCUUUUUGAAAAGUACGAGGUACUGCAAAAAUGUUACCUACAUAUUAGUUUGAGUCGAGGUGCCUUAGCGGUGAACAAUGAAUUUGCACUUCCUUCUCUCAAGCCUUAACUGCUAUUUCGUUUAGAUACUUGUACUAGUAUUUCGACAAGAAACUAAUUGCAGUGUAAGUGUGUACAUUGGUACCCGCAACAUACAGCUGAGGGUAAUUCUGCUUUUGACUAGCACCCCGUCCAGAAGGAGGCGUAACAAUAUUACAAAGCGCUUUUGCAACUGCCUUCAGGUUAAUCUCCCACCGUUUUGCUUUCACUCGCGCCUAACCAAAGUUUUCUCAUAGUCACGUAUUAACCUUAUAGAGCCUUUUCAUAUGAGGUCAGGUCCGCCACGUUGGUGUCGCAAAACAAUAAUACGGAGGCCAUGUGGAUGAUUUUAACUAGUCCUGUGGGACUUGAACUCUCUUCUUGUGUAAACGCUUUCUUAAGUCGCAAUAAGUUUGCAAAGCUGCUGGCCACGUAAGUGAAAACACUCUAUACUAGGCUUAAUGAAGUAUCGAGAAAAUGUCUCUUGACGUUGCCAACUAAAUACUAAUUUUGAUUCCUAUUUAGAAUUUGUUGUGCGUUGAUGCAGGAGGAAACUCACUAUUUCUUUUUAUCUUUUUAUCUAUAUUCUUCACUCGACAUUGUAGAUUAAAAGAGCAUAUUCUGGAAAGUCUGAACUGCAAAAUGUGGAGAUAAUUUCAUUUAGGUAAUGUGCAUUUAAAUGUGAUUAUCAUUGGCAUCAUAAUCUUCAUCAUUAUUUUUAUAACUAUCAUCAUCAUCAUCAUCAUCAUCAUCAUCAUUAUCAUCAUCAUCAUCAUCACUAUUUUUAGUGAGUGUCAGGGAGGUGCAUGACUCUUUAUCAAGCCUAAAUGUCGGGAAAGCAAUUGGCCCUGAUAUGAUACCGAACAGGGUCUUAAAGGAUUUCGCACCUGAACUCGCACCGCUAAUUAUGGAUAUUUAUAACUGCUCACUCAGGGAGGGCUAUGUUCCUGAUCUGCUGAAGCGAUCCAUAAUCAAGCCCCUGCCCAAGGUUUCUCCGCCUCAAGAAAUUCAGUCUGACUUAAGAUAUAUUUCUCUGACAUGCACCCUUGCAAAAGUCAUGGAAGGGUUUGCGCGCAGCAGGCCCGUGGCGCAAAUUUCGGAAAAAACGUGAUCCACGCCAGUACGCAAGGGAGGGGCACCCCACCACGGACGCCUUGAUUUAAAUCCUACAGGCGAUUCACGAGCCAACUGAUCGUGGGAAUUGUGGGGCUAGAAUGUUCUUGCCGAUUACUCAAAGGGUUUUCACCUGAUUGACCAUUCAAUUCUUCUCAGGGAGUUGACGUCUUUCGAUAUAGACACUGUCUUAAUUAACUGGAUUAGGGCCUUCCUGACUGGAAGAUCGCAAGCUGUAAGGAUUGGAAACUGUCUGUCUGAUUGGAAGUCACCCAUGCAGGGGAGGUAUCCCGCAAGGGACGAACUGGGUGUGAUUUUGUUUGCUGUGAUGACCAACAGUCUUUUGCGUGACUGGCAUUUGAGGAUUAAAUUCGUUGAUGAUAACACGGCAUUAGAAAUCCUGCCAAGGAAUGGUAUUAGCUUAAUAAAUGUAGCUGUCAAUGAUAUUCACAAGUUUUCUAUCGAACAUAAUAUGAAAUAAAAUCCGAAAAAGUGCAAAAAAAAAACGUCACACCGAUGACCACCGAUGAACAUUUCUAAAAACUCAUCGGGGUUCUAUGAUUUUACACAGCAGGACAACUAAAAGAACUCGCAGAUAAUGAGAACAAAAAGAAUUUUGAAGUGCAGGCGUCGAAAUUACCGUGAAUUUAAUUUUUUUGUGCGCUUACAAAAGGAAAACUAUUCCCUCGUUUGCCAUUAAUAAACUCAUGCAAACUUGUUAUGAAGUUGUUUGAAGCCGCCAGCUGGUUUUGCUGAACGAGACAAGAAGCUAUACUGACGCCUGGAUUGCCGUAGUGAAUGGCUGCAUACCCUCUAUUUGUAGCUAGUUGCUUGUGAUUUAUAUUCUUUAUGUCGGAUGAACAGGCUGCAGUUAUCUAUCGGCGAGUGGCUUCGCGAUCAUGAAGAAACAAUAACUGCAGCCUGUUCAUCCCACAUAAAGAUGAAUACUUGUCUUGGUCGAGGUAUUCAUGGCUUGGUCGAAUUUCAUGUAUUUUCAUGUGUUUUUCGAUAAUCUUUCAAACAAACUCUUGUGGCUUUUUUGUUUGUUUUCCCGGUGAAAUUGCAUUAUCUAGUAUUCUAAGAAUUAAAAUGAUUUUCUUCGGGUGCCAUUCUAUCCUUCGCGAAAAAAAUCUCAGCUUGCCAAUCAAAACGCUAGAAUUGCAUUAUCCAAUGAUUCAGUUUUUAAUAAAUAUAUAUAAUAUAAACAACAACAACAACAUUACGCUGUGUGCCAAAAACAAUCGAUUUCAAACAAACGUUUGAAAUAAAGAAAAACUCUUUGUUCAGUGAAAAUACUGAGGCCUGGUCCUUAUGUACCCAGAUACUAGUUUUGAAAAAGGGAAAUUUAAACCUACCGGCCACACGUUAACAUCGUUUUCAUGCACCAAAAGCGCAGGUUUUCAAAAACGGUCCCCAGAGUAAAGAUUUUUGAAAACACCUGCUUCUAGUAUAUGUGUGGACGGACGAAAACGGAGGUUGUCGGUUAUGACGAUUUCGUAGAUCAUAUGCUUCUAGUAUUACGUAUUCUCUGUGGGGAUGCUAUCCUAUUUCAAUCGUUUUAGCGUUGUCAUGUGGACGUGCGAAAACGAUUCAAAUAUGCUUCGUGUGCACGCGUAUUUCUUCUUCUUCUUCUUCUUCUUCUUCUUCUUCUUCUUCUUCUUCUUCUUCUUCUUCUUCUUCUUCUUCUUCUUCUUCUUCUUCUUCUUUUUUGGAAGCGGAAAAAACAAUAAUAAAAAAAUUUAUCCGGAUACCUGUGGACGAGGCCUUAAUUCUUUUUUAUUUUUUUUCCUCAGGAAAGGCAGUAUUGUAGCUGAAUUCAAACUGACAUUCAAAACGAGUCUAACUGCCAAAGAAGCCAUGGCUCCACUAAAGCAAGAAACAGCUGAUGGAAAACUAGGGAGCUUAGAAGUGGACUCUAAUUCCUUGAAACUUAAGGACAACAAUCAUGGUAAGUUGCCAAUGAUAUUUUAUCCAAAAGUAAAUGGUAUUGUGAGCGCGUUGAAAGCUGGAGACACAUCUUAAGUAGGUUGAAUAUAUAUGAUCGUACGAGUUUGGUUCUUCUAAUAUCCAAAACGUGUGCGGAGGUCGUAAACAUAGUCGAAGUGAUCUGUAAUUUGUAGAUAGGAUUAGACUCUAAUGAUUGGUCGACUACUUUUCCAUUUUAUCGGUUGCCGGCGGUAAUAUUAUUGCCUGUGAGGACUCUAGGCACUUUUCGUAAAAAAAUUAUCGGCGUUUUUUCUAAGUUAAAGCAGCUUUCUAAAGCAAUAUCUGAAGAGCACGUUCUACAUUUGUUAGAACUAGAGCCACUGCGAUUUUUUCUUUAACCAUGAGCCUUAGACCUUAGGAUUGAAAUUGCUUUGUGACAUGGUACUUUAUUCUCAUUUACUCAAAGACUACCCUUGACCUACAAAUACACGCAAUCAUUUAAAUUAGAAAAUCAUUAGAAAUAUUCAAGAUCUAUUGCUUCCACUGGCGGUUAUAUUGAAAGAACCAUGGAAAGUAUUACGAAAAAAAAUAAUAAUCAGUCGGAAUAUCUCGAAUCGCAUAUUAAUCUUGUUGGAUGUAUUUUGCAUUCCACCUAAUUAACAUUGUCUUGCACAGGUGGAAACAAGGAGGAAGGGUCCAGCAAGUCGUCCAAUCUGCCGUUAAUUAUUGGGAUUACGUGCGGUGCUAUCGUGUUAAUUACCACCAUCGUAAUCUCGGUCGUUUUCCACUGUAGACGCUCCAAUCCACGUGAUAACAACAGCGAUGGCACGCCUGCCGAAGGGAGCGGCUCAAAACGAGAGCGAUAUGAAUUGAAACCAACAGAUUCGAAGGACAAAGACAUUGUUUCGGUGGAGGAAAAAGGCACUAAUAACGAGGGAAUGGAAUAA